UUGCGCCAUCUUGAAAUUACACCCGCAGUUUGUCAAGUCGCUCCUAUGAUAAGAAACCCCCUAUUGUCAUUAUUGCUACACUAUCCGGUAUGAACAGUUCUCGAAGCAAACCGGCACAAAUAGUCAGCAAGGGACAGACAGACUCAGACGCCGGCUCAGAAACGAACCACAGGGAUCGAAAGACUGGUGGAGGAAUGCUGAAGAAGCUGAAGUCGAGGCGCAGUCAAACGGAUAAGUGGCCUGUGGUCACAGAGGAUGAACUCCGGGCUCUGGGUAGAGAUAUUACCCCGGACCAUGUCCUGGGUCUCCGGGCUGUCACGGAGGACUAUCUUUGCAAACCUGAAGACAAUAUCUACAACAUUGACUUCACACGUUUCAAAAUCAGAGAUCUGGAGACAGGCACGGUGUUGUUUGAGAUUGCCAAACCUCCUAACAGCGGUCCUGUGGAAAGUGAGGAGGAAAGUAGAGAUGUAGACACCAGUGCAGGACGUUUUGUCAGAUACCAGUUUACACCAGCCUUCCUAAAAUUGCGCACUGUUGGAGCAACUGUGGAGUUCACAGUGGGCGACCGGCCCAUUAACAGCUUUCGUAUGAUUGAGCGGCAUUAUUUCCAGGGACGCCUCCUCAAGAACUUCGACUUUGACUUUGGCUUUUGCAUUCCUAACAGCCGCAACACAUGUGAACACAUUUACGAGUUUCCACAGCUUCCAGAUGAUCUCAUUCGCCAAAUGGUGGAGCACCCUUACGAGACCAGAUCAGAUAGUUUCUAUUUUGUAGACAACAAACUCAUCAUGCACAACAAGGCAGACUAUGCCUACAAUGGUGGUCUGUAAUACCUGAAGAGAUGGAUUUGUGCAAUAGCUCCCAGGGGAGUGAACCUGACACGUUCUUAAGAAUCAGUGGACCACAUCUGCCUUCCUAUGAAAUAAUCAGUCCAAUCAUCAGUACCUCAUAGAGCUCAGUGUCUGGGACUCAGAGGAAUAUUCUGUUAGAUAUUUCUCUGUAAAUCUGACUGAAACCUCUAUGUUCCAUCUUUCCUUUGUCAUACAACUAUCAUGUUACUUCCUGAACACUUUUGCCUUAAGUUUCUUGCUGUCUCUGCUGGAAAGGGACACUUUUAGCCCCACACCUCUUGUGGCAUAGUCUUUAGUUUGUGUUAGUUAUAACUACAUUUACUGAAGUAUAUAGAUGUUAUCAGUUGAUGUUUAUUUGUACUGCCUUUGGCAAGGGAUAGUUGUGCUUCCUGUAUAGAUACGUGAGCAUUAACUACAUGGUGUACAGUAUUAUUAGCCAUAGAUGAAGAUGUAGCACUAGUUUGUUUGAGAUUCAUUCUUCCGUUUACUUCUAAGUACUACCAGUUGUCAGUCAUUGGGACUGCUUAUGUCAGAUAUUUAAGCUUGCCCAUUUUGUUAGACCUAUCUCUUCCUUAGUAGGAUGGGGGUUUUUUUUAUUCAAGAACAGCAUGCGUUCUCGUUAUGAUUUCAGGUGUCAUGUUCAUCCUGAUAAAAUCGUUACAUUUUUAUGAUAAAAACAUUUGCAUUAUUGUCUGGGACUCUAGUGUUUGCUCUCUCAAACUCAGACACACAAAAAGUACAAGAUAACAGCAGAAUCUGUUACUAGACCUGAUACAGCUUUCUUUAAUAUGGCCUUGAUCCACUCCAGUGUGUAAACACAGUUAUUUAAUCCAUUGUAGUUUGUCUUCCUGGUUUAUUUGGCAUAACAGCACUGUGAAUCAUACUUUUUAGAAGCUGAGUAUGGCCAGCAGUGUGCUAUAGAGUACCUAUUAAACCCGUGGCUGUGUAUCUUCUGCAGUUCUGCACUCAGGUUCUCAGUCUACCGGUGAAAUACCACAGUAGCACACCACAUAACAGUACAGUAGGAUAUAGAAGUUGACUGGUGUCUGUUUUUCUAUUCAUGUAAGUUCUGUUAAAGGGACUAGAUUUGUGGUUUUGCAUAUUUUAUCUCAUUUACUACAAAUAGUCAUGUUUUCACUGUGCAUAAGUUUCCAAGUUAUUAGGUACAGCUGUACAAUGCAAUGCAAUUUUGCAAAAAUCCCACUUGAACUUAUGCCCAGUUAUUGUUUACAAGGUAUUUGAGCCUGUGGUCAUUUGGUAGACUGUUACUGUUCAGUCGGUGACUCUGAUGUCUCCACUUGCAUUGUCAUUUCCAGUAUAAAGACCCCCUGUGAUUAGCCAGUUCAGUUUACUUGAUUUUCAUAUUGUACAAAAAUAAAUGGAAAUCAGUUGCAAGGAAGGAAAUAAUUCUCUGCUUUAACAGUAGCUUGUAAAUUGGAGUUCAUCAGCUAAACUAUGCAAAACCACUUGAACAGUCUCAAAAAAUCUGUUUUUGAUACUCAAAUGUACCUUGAUGCAGGUGGUCAUUGUAGGGGAUUUAUGUACGAGAACCUUGUGCUAUAUCCACCUACAAGGCAAACACUGUGGUCUGAGGUUUCUCCAAACCUGUGAGCUGAAGGGAAGGCGUAUGAUAAAUACAUCUUGCAGAGUCUCUGAGUACUGCGGUGUACAAAACAUGGUGUCCUAAAACCAUUUGCUCCUAUAGUCAUGUUUACUCUUCUAAAAAAAAAAAAAAAAAA